AUGUAUAAGUUUGAGAACACGCAUAUAGAAAAACGGUUUUAUAACCAAGCUGAAACUGAAACCCCCUCUUUCUCUUCCUUUGUUCUCAACAAGAUUCUUCAUUCUAUCGACGAAGAAGAUAGAAAAAAUUCCGAUAAGAAAUUCUACACAGAAACAACCGUUAACAAAAUGAGCGAAAUCAAUGCUAAAUGCAAUAGAGUUGAUGAAGAAGAACCAAAUCUUCGCAUAAAAAUGCAUCAUGAUCGCUAUCGUGAUCAAGAUGUUAUGUUCUUUAGUUCCACUCCAAGCUCUUCAGAUUCAAGUUCUGUAUUAUUAUCAUCUUCCUCCGAUACAGAAUCAAUCUACAGAGAAAAAUCACUAAAUCGGUGUUUCGCUCAUUCGAACCCUAAGCCAGUGAAAAUAACAGUUCCUCCUGAGAGAAGCGAAGAAAUAACCAUCAAAUCAAAAUCAAGAGCGAUGAAGCUUUACAACAAUCUCAAGAAGGUGAAGCAGCCAAUCUCACCAGGUGGAAAACUCACAAGUUUUCUCAGUUCACUCUUCAUAAACACGAAGAAAACAAAAACUGUUUCCUCUUAUGAAGAUGUGAAUGCAGAGAGAAAAGGUAAAUCAGUAGAAUCUUCAACUUGUUAUUCAGCUAGGUCAAUAGAUAAAUCACGUAAUGGUGCUAAAAGAACGGUGCGUUUUUGUCCUGUAAGUGUAAUUGUUGAGGAAGAUAAUCGAGUUUGCAGUAACAAAUGUUUGCAUGGAGGAGAAGAUUCUGGUCUAACGGCGUUGUCUGUAUCAACUGCAUGGAAAAUUGGACGAACAGUGAGUAAGAAGAAAGAAGAAGAGGUUUUGAAUAUGAACAAGAGAGUGGAUGAAGUUUUACGAGAGUUUCAUCUUAAUCGGAAGCUUUUGAGAGAUUUUUCUAUGAGAAAAACGGAGAAGGAUGAUGAUGAUAUAGCAAGUAGUUCAAGUUCAGAUCUUUUCGAGCUUGAUCACUUAGCUUUGAUCGGAAAUGAUAGGUAUUAUUAUGAGGAUUUGCCUGUGUUUGAAACUACUCAUAUUCUUUCUAAUCGUGCCAUUCACAUUAUGUAA